UUUUAUUUUGAAGAAACUGACCGGAAACUGAGUCGUUACACCUCGGUGUAGAGUAGAAAACGGACUGUCGCUGGAGAGCAAAGAAGAGGAGAGAGGUGGAAAAAAAGCAGUGAAAUGGUGUAAAAGCUGAACGAGUCCAGACCGAGUCAGGGGACAGACGAGGAGGGACGACGCAGAAGGAUUGUUGUUCUUUCUAUAAUUAUCAUUAAAGUCAGUAAACUCCCGCUUUUUGAUGCUGUCCUCACGGAGGUUUGAGCCAAUAACGGACUUAUUGGUCGGCUGAACCAUGCAGAGGCUGCUGCUCCUGAGUUUGCUGUUGAGUUUUCAAACUGCGUGGACAGCGAGGUUCUCUCAGGAGCCGGCAGACCAGUCGGUGGUGCGGGGCCAGAGGGUGAUCCUGUCCUGCGUUGUCUUCAACUACUCAGGCAUUGUUCAGUGGACCAAAGAUGGCCUGGCUCUGGGCAUCGGAGAGGACCUCCGGGCCUGGCCCAGGUACCGCGUGCUGCGUGUGCAGGAGUUGGGUCAGUACAACCUUGAGAUCCAGUCAGCGGAUCUAUCUGACGACUCCCUGUACGAGUGCCAGGCCCCUGAUGCCGCCCUGAGGUCCAGGAGGGCCAAACUCACCGUCCUCAUCCCCCCAGAUGACCCGGUGAUUGAUGGGGGUCCGGAGGUGUUGCUGAAUGCGGGGGAGUCCUACAACCUGAGCUGCGUGUCUCGAGGGGCUAAGCCGCCUUCUAUGAUCGAGUGGCUUAAAGAUGGUCUGCCUGUGGAGGGUGCUGCCAGUACCACUGAGGUGCUUCCAGACAGGAAGAGGGUGACCACACGUAGCUACCUGCCAGUCCAGCCUGUCGACAGCGACACUGGGAGGAACUACAGCUGUGUGGCCACCAACCUGGCUGUUCCCACCGGCAAAAGCACAACUGUCACCCUCAACGUACACCACACACCGACAGUGACCUUGUCCAUUGAGCCUCGCUCUGUCCUGGAGGGGGACAGAGUCACCUUCACCUGCCAGGCUCACGCCAACCCUCCUAUUAUGGGCUACAGGUGGGCUAAGGGGGGCGUGGUGCUGCAGGGAGCCAGGGAGAGUGUGUUCACCACCAAGGCCGACCACUCCUUCUUCACCGAGCCUGUCUCCUGUCUGGUUUUCAACGCUGUGGGAAAGACCAACGUCAGCAUCUUGGUGGACGUUCACUUUGGUCCAAUUCUGUUGGUGGAGCCGCAGCCAAAAACAGUAGAUGUUGACUCUGAUGUCACCCUCAACUGCAAAUGGGCUGGAAACCCUCCGCUCACACUCACCUGGUUCAAAAAGGGUUCGAACAUGGUUCUGAGUAACAGCAACCAGCUGUAUCUGAAGUCAGUGAGCCAAGCGGAUGCUGGCCAGUAUGUAUGUAAGGCCAUCGUCCCACGGAUUGGAGUAGGAGAGACUGAGGUCACACUCACCGUCAACGGUCCUCCCAUAAUCUCCAGUGACCCAGUCCAGUAUGCAGUGAGAGGGGAGAGAGGAGAGGUGAAAUGCUACAUAGCCAGUACACCUCCUCCAGAUAAGAUUGUGUGGGCGUGGAAAGAGAACGUAUGGGAGAAGGAGAAGGGGACGCUGCUGGAGAGGUAUACGGUGGAGCAGAGCAAACCAUCGGCCGAGGGCGGCGGCGUCCUCUCCACCCUCACCAUCAACAACGUGAUGGAGUCCGACUUCCUGUCCACCUACAACUGCACUGCCUGGAACUCGUUUGGCCCGGGCACCAUGAUCAUCACACUAGAGGAGACUGAGGAGGUCCCAGUGGGGAUAAUAGCUGGUGGGACAGUGGGCUCUACCAUCCUCUUGUUCAUCUUCCUGCUGGUCCUCGUUCUCAUCUUCUACCGGCAGCGCAAAGGUCGGCGCGGGGUCACUCUGGGUAAGCCCGACAUCAAGGUGGAGACGAUAAACAAGGAGACCCACAGCUUGGAGGAGGACUCCGGCAGCGUGUCCACGGCUUCGCGCAUGGUCAAGGCCAUGUACUCGUUUCUCCCCUCUGUGUCCUUCUCUCCCUCCAAUCAGCCUUUUAAAGAUGACAUAGAGCUCAAGUCUGACCUCCGCAGCGACACCCUGGACACCCGCCAGGAGUAUGACCUAAAGGACCCCACUAACGGCUACUAUAACGUGAGAGCCUCCACCCACGAUGAAGGCCGCCCUGCCUCCCGCUCCACCAUGCAUUACUCUGACUACCGCUCCCCUGCGGGAACACCAGGGGGAGCUGCGUCCAUUAGCAGCAGCGCCGGCGGCUCAGGGGCCACGGCCAGCGGAGGAGCCCCAGGUCCCCCCGGGCCCCUCACCUCCCCUGGCCGCCCCCAGGCCUGCUACGACCCCCGGCCCCCCUCCAGACUGUCCCACAUCAGCUACGCCCAGUUCAACACUUUCACCCGCGGGGGCCAGAGCCAGCAACCCCCAGCGAACCCCGCCCCCGUGGCCAGCGACUUCCCAGGGGACUGCAGCCUCCUGGACUCCACUUCCCAGCUGGCCUACGACAACUACGGAUACCCCUCGCAUUACCAGACCUACCGCAUGGGUUUCGCCCCGUCUAGCCUGGCCCCCCUGGAGGCCGGCCCGUCCUAUGAAAUGUAUGGGGUGGGAUCUGGGGUGGGACCCGGGGUGGGACCCGGGGUGGGACCUGGGGUGGGACCUGGGGUGGGACCCGGGGUGGGAUCCGGGGUGGGGAGCCCUGGGGUCGGCGUGGGUCCCGGGGGUCCUGCUCCCUCGGGAUCAGAGACUGGACUAGGGAAGUACGGCAGCUCCACUCGCUUCUCCUACACCUCGCAACACUCUGACUACUCCCACAGCCGACACACACAGAGGAUGCAGACUCACGUGUGAGACAGAGAGACGCAUAAACACCUCACAGUCUUAGCAGAGCAUGAGGAAGCAUCUUAUAAAUAGUGUCACACCUAAAAACACACACACACAAUCAUAGAUUUACACGCACACAUUUUCACACACUAUAACACAACUGAACACAAAUACGACUACAGACACAAAAAAACAUCACACACACACACACACACACACACACCCAUGCACAGAGUCAGAAGACCAUGCCCAUGAGACAGGGAGGGUAUGAGAAACACAGAGGCACAGAGAGACGAGUGGAAGAAAAGGAGUUUUAGUGAGACAGGGAAGGGAAAUUCCACACAAUUUUGAAUUCCCUCACUCCCAAUGUGUGUGUAUAUCUGAGCUCUGAAAGAGCGGACGGCGCAAGUCACAAUCAAGACUGGGAAAGAGAGCAAGAACCAGAGAGAGGACGAGAGAUCACAGAUCUUUGGAGCCCUAUAGCUUUGGCUAUAACUGACUUUGUAAAUGAUGAAAGAGAACGUCUUAAGGCAAACCUGACUGACUGUCAAAUAUGGUACACGAUGAUCGGGAGAAACCUCAACCAGUGGAAGUCAUUUCUGGCCGCCAUUUUUUAACGUUUUUUUGCUUCAUCAUUGAAUAAGACAACCGUCAUAUUCAGUGAUCAUAGAGCACAUAUAUAUAGUAUCCCAUAAUGCCCUUCUGUACAGUGGUACAUGCCAUCAUGCCUGUUAGGCGGCAUGGGGGGAGUGUGUUGGGGCUGGGGUGGGGUUGGGAGGGUUGUCAUCAUUUUGCACUGCAUCUACAGUAUUCAUGCUUAGACGUCCCUUAUCUAUAUCUGUGUAAUGUCUUCUUUUUAUUUGCACACCUGACUAGAGCUUUGUAUUCUAUUUUUAACAUUACAGAAUUAUUUUUGUCAAUGUAAAACAUGUAAUGUGUAUGUAUGGACCAAAAGUUUGAACGUGAGCGCACAUAACGUGGGAGUUCGCCUGGGUGAUUCCACUGAGACAGUGAGUAAAGAGUUGUGCCAACAGCGGAGCCUGAAUUCAGGACGUAUUUCACAUCAGAAGGGUAUAUCAGUGUAUAAAAGAAACCUAGUGCCAAGUGUUCAUGUUGUUCUUCACCUUAGACCAUGUAUAUGCAGUAGAAGCUCCUUCUAUUGGUGACUGUUGCUUUACAAACCAGGCUCGGGGCCUUGAGUCAUUCCCAGACAUUUUCGUAGGCUGGAGCCUUUUUCUCUGAGCUCUUAACUACAAGCCUGGUGCAGACGGAGAGAAAAACACAGAUGUUGGGUUUAGAACUGAGUGGCCUUAUAGGGGAACAUGUCGUACAUUUCCAUUUUGAAUCAUUCCUCAUCGUCUGUCUGCCAAAACGGCCAGAGGAGAAUGUGUAUGGAGAGGUUCAAUGAAGGCUUGUCCACAAUAUUGACAUGUAGUAGUGUAUGACUGUGAGUGUGUGGGCGUGCAAGUGUGUGUGUGUGAGAGAGAGAGAGAGUUCAAGAGGGAGUGUGUGGGCGUUUAGCGCGCACAUCGAUUUGUACAGUGUGUUUGUGUAGAUGUGUGAAUGACUGUGUGUGUCUGGGAAGCAUACUGUAAACACGCAGCACCCAACUCGAGUGUGCGCGCGACUAUCGUAUGCAUGUCGGUGUGUAUACAGUAUGUGUGUGCAUGUCUGUGUUGAGUGUGUGUUUCAGUAUAUGUCCAUAUCAUUUCUCUCACAAUCCUGUUACAGUACUUUUAUACCUCUGGUAGGACUGUAUCCUGUAUUAUUGUGUCUUUGAAUUUAGAAAAAUCCAAUGUUUAUCUUAUUGUACUGUUCUUCGUAGCAGAGAAAACUGUUCAAAAGAUGUACAACGAACAUUAUCAAACUCUCAUUUUUUAAUUUCAUUAUCUUCAAUAUUUUUUAAAAAUGGUAUGUAAUUAUUUUUCCACAGUAUUACAUAAAUAAAAGCACUGUUUUUUAUAAAAA